CACAUCUGAACGUGAACGCUGUGAGGCUGCGUAUCUUGCGAUCCCCCAUUUCACAGUUCAAACAUUGUAGCGCGCAGGUGCCCCGUCGGUUCAAAAUUUUCUUCAACCAAGUAUUCCCUGAACAACGACGCCCGAGAACCCAGGGUGCUCACAAGCCACACCAUUCACCAUGUGUUAUUAGCAUGGUACCCAGCACGCGAGCCAUGGAAUCCCAAACCCUUGGCCUUGAGGCAGGCACUUCCAUCUCUCCAUCUACACCGUGCCCCGAACCAUGAGACUGACGGGUUCGGGUGUCCAUCUGCUAGAUUUUUUACCCCGUGUUAAACCAAAACGCCACACACGGCCAUCAUUUGUCUUCCUCAUACCCGCAAUAUCAUCUGCCAUAAGUCUUUUGAGUGUAAUUACGGACCUUGGUACCGUCACCCCAUGGCCGCCCGGGGAAAGGCGUCGUCGGCUACCAGACAGGCGCCUAGCGUCGCAGACGAGACGCUGGGUUAUGGUUAAGGCCGUAGCAGACAUCGUCCUUGCGGCAACGGCGAUUUUUGGCGCAUCCGUUGCCAAGAAGGGUACCACAGCAGAAGCGCGAUUGUCGUAUCGGCAAGGGAUGGUGUUUACUGCCCUGCGUCUUGUGUUUUCUCCUCAGGUUUUGCGUUGUGUUGCGGAUUUUUGUUUCGGUCCGAGGGACGCGGAGAACGUGCCCUAUGAUGACAUGGGUUUGCUUACCUUCAGAAUCUGGGCAGUCGACAUUCCUGCAAUGUAUUACUUCACGCUGGCCGUAAAGCAUGCUCGCGCAAGAUGACUUGAGAUCUCAUAGUUCUACUCAUGUGUUUGAAUUGUCUCCAACAAAUAGAGUAUCCUUGGUUGGUACUCGGUUUUCGUGAAGUCGGCUUG